GUCGCCAGCCAUCCCAAGCCUUCAAUCCAGACUGAUUUCGGCCCAGCUUCUCGGUCAACAGAACAUAACGCAGCAGCAGGCGAGUAGUGAAGUAACCAAGUCUCAGAUGGAAGCUAGAAUUCAGCGGUGAAUCAUUCAAAUCUAUUCAAAAUCGAUGAGUAACCGAACGGCGACUUCAAUUCCUCAAAUCAAUUGCACUAACGUUCGGCCAUACACUCCGCCUUUGACCAAGUAAGCAACGGUUUCUUCUACGCUCUGCUCUCAAAUCAACAACGGGAAGAAUUCCUCCGGCCUAUAAAUUGGGCAAGGAAUCACAGCAGGUGGAGGGGGAACGAACCAGAGAGCUCCAUUCUUCAAUUUCUUCAUCAUCUUCUUCUAUAGGUACCCAAAUAAAUUGGCUUCCGGACUUAAUCCGGAAGUCAACCCUUUAAAUUUUCAAUUCUUUUGUUGUUUCUAUGUUCAAGUGUUGUUUUUUUUUCCAAUUUAUCACUUUUUUUUUCGUUACUUGUUCAUGUAAAAAAAUCUGGCAAAAAAAAAAUAUAUAACGCAGCCAGAUCGAUCGAUCUAUCUAUCGACAAAGAAAAUAAAACGAAGGAAUUAAUAAUCAAAGGAAUGUCACAACAUAUUGCAGUAGAGCGAAAGAGAAGACGUCAGAUGAAUGAACAUCUCAAGAUUCUGCGCUCCUUAACCCCUUCUUUCUAUAUCAAACGGGGAGAUCAAGCUUCAAUAAUUGGGGGAGUAGUUGAGUUCAUCAAGGAGUUGCACCAAAUUCAACAAUCAUUGGAGGCCAAGAAAAGAAUGAAGAGAUUAAAUACAAGUCCUGCUAAGGCACCAUUGCACCCAAAUAGUAUCCCAGAAACUCCAUGUUUGAAUGCUUACAAUAGUUUCAAGGAAGUCGAAGCUUGUUGCAACUCUCCCGUUGCUAAUGUUGAGGCUAUGAUAUUUGGUACUAACGUCAUACUGAAAACAAUUUCUCGCCGAAUCCGAGGGCAAAUUGUGAGGAUUAUGAAUGUCUUGGAUAGACUUUUCUUAGAGAUUCUCCAUUUGAACAUUAGCAGCAUGGAAGAUACAGUGCUUUAUACCUUUGUUGUUAAGAUUGGACUGGAAUGCCACGUUAGCGUGGAAGAGCUUGCUUCUGAAGUUCAACUCAGCUUUAGGUCUGAAGAAGCUUACAAGGAAAACUAGUUAGCUAGCUUAGCUUAGAGAGUUUAUUUACCACUAGUUAACUCCAUUUCCUUUAUACAUUUUCAUUAAUCAUUUAAUUAAAUAAAAUAACAUUAUCACUGCUUAUUUUGUAGUUUAACUUUUGAUGCAGUUUUUAAUAUAUUAAUUUGAAAAUAACUUCGUCAAAAUAUCGUAAACCAAACAGAAGCCUUAUUUUGGGACGAACAGGGUCAUAGUUAUAUGUGUAUACUAUAAAAACUAAAAAAGUAUGUUCUUCAUCUCGUAAAAAAAUCCAUGUUCUAUAUUCAUAGAGUUCAAUAAAAGUUUCAACUUUGG